AUGGCUUCUGGGAUUUUGAGAUAUUGUUCUCUUGCCAUCUUUGUUAUUUUGUCAUGUUUUAGUUUGUCAAGUUCAGAGAAUAUGUUACAGAAAAGUGUAAGAAAAGAGAAGUGUAAUGUAUAUGAAGGGAGAUGGGUGUACGACAAGUCGUAUCCUCUCUAUGAUUCAUCUGCGUGUCCAAACCUCCGAAGGGAAUUCGAUUGCCAGAAGUAUGGUCGACCUGAUCAUCUCUACCUUAAAUACAGAUGGCAACCCAAUGACUGCACCUUGCCAAGGUUUGAUGGUGAAGAUUUUCUAAACAGAUUUAAAGGCAAGAAAAUUAUGUUCAUAGGGGACUCGUUGAGUCUCAACCAAAUGCAGUCACUGUUAUGCUUACUUCAAACCGCUGUUCCACAUACCAAUAUUAUCAGACACAAUAAUGACUCGAUCUCCACUGUGAUUUUCCAGGACUAUGAUGUUUCAGUGAUGCUGUUUCAUUCAGAAUACUUGGUGGAUACAGAAGUGGAGAAAAUUGGUCGAGUUCUGAAACUUGAUUCUAUAAAGAAUGGCAAUGUCUGGAAGAAUGUUGAUAUUUUGGUUUUUAACUCCUGGCAUUGGUGGAUUCGCAAUGUAGCUAAACAACCAUGGGAUUAUAUUCAAACUGGUAACAAGAUUCUCAAGGACAUGGAUCAUAUGGUUGCUUUUCGGGAAGCAUUGACUACUUGGGCCAAAUGGGUUGAUUCAGAUGUAGAUACCACUAAAACUAGAGUCAUUUUUCAAGGAAUUUCGCCUAAUCAUUACAGUGGCAAGAACUGGAACGAACCAGGAGUAAAAAACUGCUCAAUGGAGAAGCAACCAAUAAUGGGAACAACUUAUCCAAGUGGUUUGCCAGCAGCAUCAUACGUGCUACAAGAUGUGCUAAGUAGAAUCAAGAAACCAGUUCAUCUGCUUAACAUAACCACACUUUCACAACUAAGAAAAGAUGCACAUCCUAGCUCUUACAAUGGCUUAAACCGCAUGGACUGCAGCCACUGGUGUGUGGCUGGCCUUCCAGACACUUGGAAUCAACUUCUGUAUGCAGCUCUUAUCAAUUAA